AUGCGCUGGGUAAUUAACCAGAAAUUUCGCGAAAAUGAAGCAUUGGCGAAAGAUUUAUUGGCUACCGGACACAAAAUAUUAAUUGAAGAUACUCGCGAAAAAGCCAAAGGUUAUGCGGACCCUUAUUUUGGUAAUGAUAGUUCAAUUUGCCCCCCAAAAUUUACAAAUAGCACGGCAUUAAGAGACCAAGGAUUAAAUAUAAGGCAAAUUGAACCCGCACAAUUCAAAGAAAUAAAAAUUGGUUUAAUUGAUAAAAUUGCUAACUUAACCCAGAAUUACUAUGAGGAAACCGCAACCGAUAAUAUUAUUAGAGGAAUUAUAGAGGCCGAAAGAGAAACCAUUGAGCAAAUGGAAAAUCUGAUUAAACAAGCCACAGUAUCCAUAACCUCUAACCAAUUAUUAAGUUUAUUCACCUACCAAAAGGAGCAAUUAAGAACAACCGCCGAAAGCGAAAAAGCCAAUUUAACCCAAAAAACUCUUAACCAAACCAUAAAUUUAGCAAUUAGCGAAGGAAAGAAAUUAAUAGACCAAAAGCGAAACAAGGAGGCCAUUAAUGACCAAUAUGAGAAUGAUAUAACCAUACUUUUAAGCAAACUAGAAACAGCAAAUUUCCUCACGGCGGAAAAUAAGCAAACUAUAAAAGAAAUAAACCAAGAUUUACUUAAUAUUCAAGAUUUAAUAGAAAGAUUUGCGAAUGAAGGAUUAAACGAGUCAGAACCCGGGAAAUUAAGUUUUUUAAUUAAACUACUUGAAAACCUUAAAAAGGCAGCCAUUAAAGAAGAGAAAAUUGCCGAAUUUAUUGAGGAAACGGAAAAUAAUAUCAAAGAAAUUGUGAAUUUAAGUGAAAAUAAACUUAGUUUUACAUUCAUUUCUAAACUUGCUCCGGGUUGGAAAGAAGAUAUUGAACAAAGCGAAAAUUACCAAGAUUUUAAAGCAAGAAAAUUAACUAUAUUAAGCACAUUAUUUGAACCCCAAGAAGAGAAAAAAUUAUCCGAUAUUGCCCAAAGAAUGUUUAGUGAAGAAGUAUUAAGUCUAUUACUUAAUUAUGAAGCAAGAAAGACCGUAAGUCAAGCCUUAUUAACCCUGGAAAAAAUGGCACCUAAUUGCAGUGAAUUAACAAACAUGACAAAGGGUGAAAUCGAAGUUGACUACGACGACUAUUUGCUGGACCCGGGCACAGAAAUAGUCAGUGAAGA